CCGAGUUGCCCUUUGGCACAGAGAAGGAAAACUUGAGGCCCCAGAAGGACGGGAUCUUCCCCGAGGCCAAGCAAGAACUACAGGAUGGGGAGGGGGCGCAUGACGUUUGGUCCAAGGCUCUUCCCGGAAGGGAAAGAACAGGGAGCCGUGAAAGGCUGAGAAAAACUCCGGAGGAGACUGCCAGAGAGCCACAGAUGCCAAACUACUGGCGGACUGCAGAGGAGAGGGGUCCCGUCUUCUCCUGAUGUUUAAAAAAAAAAAAAAAAAGUAAAGCAAUUUCUGCCGCGAGCCUAAGACGGGCGAGCCGCCCGAGAUCUCUUCAAGCUACCCCAGGGGAGGAGGAGAUGGGCUGGAUUUAGUAGGACAACUCGAUUACUAAUGACUCCGUGGCUGGCUGCGACCCGCCGGGAAAUCAGGUGCAAGCAUGUGUGCUCCGGGACGCGCGUGUGGGUGGGCCGGGGGCGGGGGCGAGGGCGAGGAGAGAAGAAACCGCUUGGAGAAACGCAGUGAUUUCAUUCUGCCGCGUUGCCCACUCCCCGCAUCGUCCCUGCCUCCCACUCCGCCCCCCUGCUUUGCCAUUUUAAUCGGGCUUCCUUGUUUCUUUCUCCCCCGCAUCCUGCUCUCUCCGGCACCCUUCCCCAAGGUUUGCCUGUAGGUACCUGAACUGACACCGACGGUGCCUAAAGAUGCUGAGCGGCGUUUGGUUCCUCAGCGUGUUAACCGUGGCCGGGAUCUUACACACGGAGAGCCGCAAAACUGCCAAAGACAUUUGCAAGAUCCGCUGCCUGUGCGAAGAGAAGGAAAACGUACUGAAUAUUAACUGCGAAAACAAAGGAUUUACAACUGUCAGCCUGCUCCAGCCCCCCCAGUAUCGAAUCUACCAGCUGUUCCUCAAUGGAAACCUCCUGACCCGCCUGUACCCUAACGAGUUCGUCAAUUACUCCAACGCCGUGACUCUCCACCUGGGCAACAACGGGCUGCAGGAGAUCCGCACCGGGGCGUUCAGCGGCCUCAAGACCCUCAAGAGGCUGCACCUCAACAACAACAAGCUCGAGGUGCUGAGGGAAGACACCUUCCUCGGCCUGGAGAGCCUCGAGUACCUCCAGGCCGACUACAAUUACAUCAGUGCCAUCGAGGCGGGGGCCUUCAGCAAACUGAAUAAGCUCAAAGUGCUCAUCCUGAAUGACAACCUUCUGCUGUCGCUGCCCAGCAAUGUGUUCCGCUUCGUCCUGCUGACCCACCUGGACCUGAGAGGCAACAGGCUGAAAGUGAUGCCUUUCGCCGGCGUCCUUGAGCAUAUUGGAGGCAUCAUGGAGAUCCAGCUGGAGGAAAACCCGUGGAAUUGCACUUGUGACCUACUUCCUCUCAAGGCUUGGCUGGACACCAUAACGGUGUUCGUGGGGGAGAUCGUCUGCGAGACUCCCUUUAGACUGCACGGGAAGGAUGUGACCCAACUGACCAGGCAAGACCUCUGUCCCAGAAAGAGCCCCGGGGACGCCAGUCAGAGGGGUGGCCACGCUGACACUCACGUCCAAAGGCUGUCGCCUACGGUGAAUCCUGCGCUCAACCCGACCAGGGCCCCCAAAGCCAGCCGGCCGCCCAAAAUGAGAAAUCGCCCAACUCCCCGGGUCACUGUCUCAAAGGACAGGCAGAGCUUUGGACCCAUCAUGGUGUACCAGACCAAGUCCCCCGUGCCCCUCACCUGCCCCAGUAGCUGUGUCUGCACCUCUCAGAGCUCCGACAACGGCCUAAACGUCAACUGCCAGGAAAGGAAGUUCACCAACAUCUCCGACCUGCAGCCCAGACCUACCAGCCCAAAGAAACUCUACCUGACAGGGAACUAUCUCCAGACUGUCUAUAAGAACGACCUCUCAGAAUACAGUUCUCUGGAUCUGCUGCACUUAGGAAACAACAGGAUCGCGGUCAUUCAGGAGGGUGCCUUCGCAAACCUGACCAGUUUACGCAGACUCUAUCUGAACGGCAAUUACCUCGAAGUGCUGUACCCUUCUAUGUUUCACGGGCUGCGGAGCUUGCAGUAUCUCUAUUUAGAGUAUAAUGUCAUUAAGGAAAUUAAACCGCUGACCUUCGAUGCUCUGAUCAACCUCCAGCUACUGUUUCUCAACAACAACCUGCUGCGUUCCUUGCCUGACAACAUAUUCGGGGGCACGGCCCUCACCAGGCUGAACCUGAGAAACAACCACUUUUCCCACCUGCCCGUGAAGGGGGUUCUGGAUCAGCUCCCGGCGUUCAUUCAGAUCGACCUGCAGGAGAACCCGUGGGACUGUACCUGCGACAUCAUGGGGCUGAAGGACUGGACGGAACACGCCAAUUCCCCCGUCAUCAUCAACGAGGUGACCUGUGAAUCUCCCGCCAAGCACGCAGGGGAGAUACUGAAGUUUCUGGGGCGGGAGGCCAUCUGUCCGGACAGCCCGAACUUGUCGGACGGAACCGUUUUGUCAAUGAAUCACAACACAGACACUCCCCGGUCGCUCAGCGUGGCCCCCAGUUCCUACCCCGAACUACACACUGAGGUUCCACUCUCCGUCUUAAUUUUAGGAUUGCUUGUGGUCUUCAUCUUGUCUGUCUGUUUCGGGGCCGGCUUGUUCGUCUUCGUCCUGAAACGCAGAAAGGGGGUGCCGAGCGUCCCGAGGAGUGCCAACAGCCUCGACGUGAGCUCCUUCCAGCUACAGUACGGGUCCUACAACAGCGAGACUCAGGAUAAGACGGACGGCCACGUCUACAACUACAUCCCCCCCCCCGUGGGUCAGAUGUGCCAGAACCCCAUCUACAUGCAGAAGGAAGGAGACCCGGUAGCCUACUACCGCAACCUGCAAGACUUCAGCUAUGGCAACCUGGACGAGAAAAAGGAAGAGCCGGCCACGCUUGCCUACACCAUAAGCGCCGCCGAGUUGCUGGAAAAGCCGGCCGUACCCAGAGAGCCCGAGCUGCUGUACCAGAACAUCGCCGAGCGGGUCAAGGAACUUCCCAGCGCAGGACUCGCCCACUAUAACUUUUGUACCUUACCGAAGAGGCAGUUCGCCCCUGCGUAUGAAUCUCGACGCCAAAACCAAGACAGAAUCAAUAAAACCGUUUUGUACGGAACUCCCAGGAAAUGCUUUGUGGGGCAGUCAAAACCCGACCACCCUUUACUGCAAGCUAAGCCGCAGUCCGAACCAGACUACCUCGAAGUUCUGGAAAAACAAACUGCAAUCAGUCAGCUGUGAA